AUGCCGUCCCUCACCUCAGUUUCGAGACCAAGGUCCCUGAAAAUCCUCUCACUCAACACCAAGGGUCUGAACACACCCGAAAAGCGCUCCAUGUUGCUCUCCUAUCUGCAUAAACAAAAGGCAGAUGUUGUCUUCCUUCAAGAGACGCACUUUCGUCAGGACCCUAUUCCCAAGCUUUUUAAUUUCCACUUUCCCAUAGUCCACCAUGCCACUAACCCUCUGGCCAAGUCGAAAGGGGUAGCUAUUUUACUCGCUAGACAUCUUCCCUUUACUAUGUCAGACUCCCUUGCUGAUCCUGAAGGCAGGUACUUAUUCAUAAAGGGUUCAUUCGCCAAUAGACCCGUCACAUUUGCUAAUGUAUACGCCCCUAAUACCAAGCAGGUCUCUUUCACACGCUCAAUAACUACCACCCUAUCUGCUUUCCAUUCAGGUGUUCUGAUCUUAGGGGGCGAUUUGAAUGUCCCACUAUAUCCUCUGCUAGACUCCUCCUCCGGAAGCUCCUUUUUACCGUUUAAGGCCCUCAAACAAAUAAACAUACAAUUACAACACUUACAACUGCACGAUUCCUGGAGAACUCUCUACCCCACGGUAAAAGAUUAUACAUUUUAUUCCGCACCACAUAAUAAGUACUCCAGGAUAGACUAUCUUUUUCUGUCGCAAUCAGAUCUCCCGCUACUCCACGCCGCUUCCAUAGAACCGAUGGUUCUUUCCGAUCACCAUCCCAUCACCAUGACUUUACGGUUCCCUGAUACUUACACACGCUCGAAAUGUUGGCGCCUAGACGCCUCCCUUCUUGCAGACUCUGCUAUCGAACAAGAGAUCCGCACCAAUCUGGUUGAAUACUUUUCCUUCAAUUGCUCCCCUGAUACCUCCCCACUCACGCAGUGGGAGGCUCAUAAGUGUGUCAUUCGGGGCGUCCUCAUAGCAGCUGCAUCGAAGAGUAAAAAAGAUAGACAAGAGCGUUUGAGACGCCUCACAGAUAAGAUCCAUUCAUUAGAGAGAGCACAUAAGCGGUCUCUGGCUGCGUCGACCCUAUCCGAACUUACGUGUACACGUUCACAGCUUCUUACAGAAUUGGGGAAGGUGGUUAAGAAAUGGUUCAUUCUCUCUCAAAAACUAUACUAUGAAUUUGCUAACAAGAGCGGAAAGUUCCUAGCUAGAGCUCUCCGCGAAAAACGAUCCAGUAUGACGGUACAUAAAAUUAGAGGUCCCGAUGGCACCAUGGCCACAUCUAAUCCUGAUAUUGCUGCCCAUUUUGAACAUUUUUAUAGAUCCUUAUAUAACCUUCCUCCUGAACGCCCACCGCCGCAUACUGACGAAUCCAGGGCCUCUUUGAUUUCUGAAUUUCUCCAGCUCCACGGUCCGUCGGCUCUCUCGGACGACUUGGUCAACUCUCUGGAAGCGGAUCUGACCCUGACUGAGCUGCAGUGUGCUUUGAAACAGACAAAACCUGGUAAGAGUCCGGGUCCCGACGGCUUCUCCGCAGCCUAUUAUAAAUCCUUCUUGGAUAUCUUAGGUACCCCCCUUCUUUUGGCAUUUAAUACUUUCUCCAAAUCC